AUGACCUGCGCGAUGAAAGCUCUGAGCGGAAACUUCGCCGGGUCGUGCCCGAAGGGGUUAUCCAAGAGCGCGUGUAAGUUGAGCAAGCCUUGGAACAGAACGUUGCUGAACAUCACGAAGAAGUAUCCGAACGCGGCGGCGAGCGCGUCUUCGUGCAGGUCCGUCCCGGCCUCUUCGUGCGAGUAUUCGUACGUCGUCGUCGUCGCCGCCGCCGCCGCCGCCGGCGACUGA